AUGCCAGCGGGCAUGUGUACGAUGUCGGGCUAUCUUCGUCAAUUAGAAGACCAUUUAUUUAAGAGUACCGGGUCUCUACGCCACAUAGAUACCUCACAUCGAAGGGUCACGUCUCCUUAUGCAGGGGAGAAUAACGUUGAUAACGUUGAUCCUCCUUCACCCAGCUCGCCGUCUAUUAUUUUGGGAGACGACGAGGUCCGAUGGAGAGAAAUAACACGGGGGCUUGAUCCUACUCUUCACGCAACACAUACGCCGCACGUACAAGAAACAGAAGCCGUUGGAGAUCCGGAUAUUGAGCAAGAUGGUCGUAGAUCACGAUUUUCCCGAAAUCCUCUUGUUGAUAAAGAUCCACCUUUUGCUCAAACACCCGAUGGGCGUUUUUGGUAUAUGGGCCCAACAUCAUCUUGGUCAUUCUGUCGGCGUGUUCUCCGCCUUAUUGGGAGACGUGUCCCAGAAUCAAAUUGUCCUCCAGACCCUUGGCACUUAGAUGGAAUGGCAUUUAAGCUUCAAUGGAGACCCGUACCCCUAGAUGAGGUACCUGAUGUUUCAAAUUUACCACCUCUGGAUUAUGCGCUGUUCUUGUUCAAUACUGUCAAGUUCUAUUUUGGAUUUUUAUCAUUUAUGAUUGAAGAAGACGCGUAUCUUCGAGAUUUGCACGAGUUUUACAAAGAUCCCAUUGCCAAAGCAUCUUCCUCGAGAUAUUGGUAUGUUCAAUAUCUUCUAGUGCUGGCUUUUGGGAAAGCGUUUCUCACGCAGAAGAAUCCUUCUGGAAUCCCUCCGGGUCAUCAAUAUGCCUCGAGGGCGAUGGCUCUUCUUCCAGAUUUAUCAGGCAUGCAUGAAGACCCUCUGACGUGCAUUCAGGCAUUAAGCCUCGGUGCGGUAUAUCUGCAGUCUGUCGAUAUGCGCCGCGCUGCUUUUCAACAUAUAGGACAAGCGUUGCGAGGAUGCAUUAUAGAGGGUAUUCAUCGACAUGUUCCCGAAGAACUCGGUGGACCAGAAUUGUCUCGUCGCUGUCGAACGAUCUUUUGGGUUGUAUAUAUGCUUGACCGAGAAUUUUCAGCUCUUAUCGGUGCCCCAAGUUCAAUUCGAGAUGAAGACAUUACAGUCCGGCUGCCAGCAGACGUUGAAGGAUCCGUGGAGCACAUUAAUUUAACAUUACAUGUUCGACUUUCCCGACUGAUGUCUCAAAUUUUGACAACGGUUUACGGAGUUGGUGAUGAGUUUAAUGGGUCACUCAUCCGAAAUACGCAAUCCAUUUUACACCGGAUGGCAGAGUUAUCCCAGGAUCUCACCGCAUUCCUCAACACCCAUUUCCAUGGAUUGAUUGGCAGGGCGUCGAAGAUGGCGAUCAGACUCAUGCUAGCUCAUCAUCAUUGUAUUGUUCUCACAACAAGACCUCUGGUCAUGUGUGCUUUGAAUAUGCACAUUGAGCGCACCGAGAGGAACACUUCUCAAAGCAUAUCAUUGUCUCCCCCCGUGGCAUCUCUUCUGCAGUGUUGUGCCGAUUCGGCUCAAACGAUCCUUCAGACCCUUCAGACCUUAUCCGAUGAUGAUUUGAUUGAUGCAUUUCUGCCAUUUCAAGUCGAAGAUGCUUCUUCAUCUGCCUUUGUUCUCUAUCUUAUUCGAGCAAUUGCGCCUUCUUUGAUCCAUAAUGAUACUUGGUUUGAUCAUUUGGAAUGUGUGCUUGAUAAAUUGAUUGCAAAAGGGAACUUAGCUGCGCCACUUCGACGACAAGAACUCAGACAGCUAGAGCAAAUAUUAGCACCUUUGACACCCAAGUCUAGCAGCAACCGGUCUAUUCCAACUGUCAUGAAUCAAGACUCCCAAGUAGGUGAGGAUUCAUACAGUUUGGAACAUGUCGAUGUGGAUGAUGGCUUUGAAUGGGAUCUUCUAGGACUCAAUUCAUCAGUUAGCCUACCCCCGCAGGAGCUCUUAGAUCUUGCAGAUCAACUAGAUGUGGAAACUAUUAUGCGAUCUGUGAAUUCCUGUGUGGGAUAA